AUGGUAGCAUCACUUCCCGUGCAACUCUCGAGGAGCGGUCUUGCGACAUCAGCUGAACUCUUGAAUGCGCUACAGUGCAAAGCUUUGGCCUCCGCCAGGGCGCGCAUUGGCAGCGCGUCGCACGUUUCAAACUGGAACCUGCCGACGCUGUCAACGCUGACAAGAUCUCGACAGCUCUCUCCGACAAACACGAAAACAGCCAUAGCUAUCAAUGCACGCUACUUUACCUCUGCACUUUCUGCUAGGGCUGCCGAGAAGCGACGCGAGGCCGCACGUGCAACGCUCGCCGACCUGCCGGACAAGGUCGACGUGUGCGUUGGCCCAGCUGGUCGACUCUCCAAAGUGAUCCCCGCUCGCAGUGGCUCCAAGAUUACGACGCGUGUCGGAAGCAGCUAUGCGGGAACGCAUACGUUUUCCUGGGUCUCGCCUCCCUCGAACGUGCUGAUCGUGAAAAAGGCACGCGAUCAUCGCGCUACCAAAGCCAUGUCUCGCAUCAUUAAACACAUCCGUUCCACCUAUUCUUGGCUCAACAUCAUUCUCGAACAGCAAGUGGUUGAUUCCAACGAUGGUGAUCUCGCCAGUACGCAUCCUGAGCUCAUCUCUGCUGAUUCCAACGACAAGUCGUUGCUGGCGCAAAAGACCGACUUUGUCAUCACUCUUGGUGGAGACGGUUCGAUCCUGCACGUUUCGAGCUUGUUCGAUCGGGAUGCUGUACCACCCGUUUUAAGCUUUUCGAUGGGUACGCUCGGGUUCUUGCUACCGUACGACAUAAGCAGCUACAAGCAGGCGGUCGAGGAUAUGGUGCAAGGCAACAUUAGUCUGCUCUUGAGGAUGAGGCUGAGACAGACGAGUCAUAGAAAGGACGGAGAGACAUUCUGUCAAAUUCAAGAUCAGCGCCAAGGCGGAGGAUGCUACGACGUACAUCUCAUGAACGAGGUGACGCUUCACAGGGGUAGAGAGCCUCACAUGACCAAGAUCGAUGCGUACGUUGAUGGUCAACACCUGACGCAGGCGAUCUCGGAUGGGCUCAUCAUUGCUACACCAACCGGCUCGACUGCCUAUUCGCUCUCGGCAGGAGGGCCAAUCGUGCAUCCGUCGGUCCAAAGUUUGGUGCUCACCCCCAUCUGCCCACGCUCUCUCAGCUUUCGCACCGUGCUUCUUCCAAGCGACUCGGUGAUUCAGCUCAAGAUAUCGGACGACUCGCGAUCGCCUGCAGAGCUCACUGUCGAUGGUCGAGUUUCGAAACUCCUUCAACCGGGUGAAUACCUUCAGGUAUCCAUGAGCCCCUUCCCCAUACCCUGCGUCAGUCGAAGCUGGUCCGAUCCACAACCUCCUCCUCCUUUGCUACCACCUGCCUCUACCUCCAAUGAGGUGGUCAUGUCGCGCGAGAAGUACUCGGAUCGGGGCCAAGAUGACUGGGUGCGAGACAUCAAUACUCUGCUCAAAUUCAAUGCCAGUUUCGGCGGCAGAGGCACUCUCGGCGGUAACGGUGGAUUCGAAGAGGACGAAGAUUCUUAA